UAAAACUGUUAUACGGCGGGGCGUUAGUGGACAAUGCUCGCAACGAAUUUUCAGUUGUUCCCAUAUGGAGUUAUCAAGUUCCGGCCUCCGUCCACCGCCACAGCCGGCGGCCAAGAAGAAGCAGAAAACGACAAUUCACGCCCUUAGUCACGAUAUACUCUGCAUGAUUUUCACCUUUCUUGACCUCGUCCAGCUCAUCCGCUGCUCCGCUGCCUGCAAAUCAUGGAGUACAGUCAUCAACAAACUCAAGUUGUUGGAAAUACAAUAUCACAAGCAACAAGAUGCAGAUGCUUUCAGCCUUCCUGAAGCAUCUAUACAAUUAGGAAGAUCAUUAAAUAUUCAUAUGGAGCAGAUUGCUAUUGAACAGUACAGAUUUGCUUUGCACAAAGGCCCUGCUAAUGUUUUCCAGUGGAAAGGUCAUUCAGUUGGGGUCAAUAAGUGCCGCAUGAAGAUGGGACUGUUUCUUACUGGUGUGGGUGACAAGGUAAGAUGAUGCGUCUGUGGUCAGCAGAAAGUUACAAUUUCUUGGAUGAAUACAGCCUUCCUGAUAAAGCCCCUUUAAUCGAUUUCGACUUUGAUGAGAACAAGGUAACUUGAAUAUCUGAUGUUUUACUGCCUAUAAGCUGAUUUGUUCUUAGCCUUUUUAUUCAAUGUUCUUUAAAAGGGAGCUAAGGAUAAGGAACAAUCACAUGGCCCAAAGAUUUAUGGUGGAAAAAACACAAUUUUAGUGGAAUAUUAGUAAGCCAAAUAAACUCGGAACUUAAGUUGUGGUAAGCCAAGUAAAAUUGGAACUCCAAUGGUUGUAGCAAGAAAAUUGAAAUGUAUAUUGUGGUGUAUGUGGCUUUAGAAGGGGGCCAAAUUUGGAUUUUGGUACUUGGAACAUUUAUUGCUCUAUGCUAUUAAUAUUAACUGGCACAAACCAAAUGCUUGUCUUUGUUGCUCCUUCAUUUUGCGAGUUCAAGUGAAUGCUGCCUUGGCUUUUCAUUGAACAUGUCUAAUUUGAGGUUGCAUAGGAGCCAGAUGGUUAGCCGAUACAGGCUUCUCAUGUCACAUCAAUUCACUAACAUGGAAGACUUCAUGGCAAGGAUAGAUCUUCCUUUAUUUGUCUUACUUUCUGUUGGAUGUGGGGGCUUUUGUUGGUUGUCAGCAAAUAUUCAUUCUCAGUCUUCGCAUAACUUGGGCCAGUGUUCAUCAGCUGCCAAUUUUUGGCUUUUGGCACUUCUUAUACCU